UUGGCUCUUACAUCAAAGAAAAAAAUUCUAUAUUGGUCUCCCUCCUUCCCAUGGCACACUUUGUGAUUGUAUGGUAUUAGGAUUACUAAAAAUUGCAGAUGGUGGCCCAGACAGAAUCCAGUACACCUGCACAGCAAAGGAAGGAGGACCAGUUCAGGUGAAAGUGGUCAUAUUCACCAGGGAGCAGAAAAGGAAAGUAUUUCAGGAUGUUCAUGACUCCAGUAGAGGAGCUCACAUGGGCAUCACUAAGACUAUUGCCAAAACUACAGAGAGAUUUUAUUGCAUAGGCAUUAAGAAAGAUGUAGUGAAUUGGACAAGUGAGUGUGACUGAUGUCAGAGAUCUGAAAAGAUGAAAACUGUAGCACCAGUCCUGUAUCCUAUUAAGAGUGAAGGCCCUUGGCAGAUGGUUGAUGUAGAUUUGAUGGGGCCCUAAAAGAAACUCAGUCUGGCAACAAGGACAUCUUUAUUUUAACAGACUUAUGCUCCAAAUUUAUAGAGGCAUUUCCACUGCCUUCAAAAUGUGCUGAUCUGGUAUGUGAUGUAUUGCAGAGUAUUUUCCACUGUUUUGGUCCCCCAGGGAAAACCUUAACUGAUCAGGGAAAGGAAUUCUGUAAUACAUUAAAUGACACUCUUUUCCAUUUUCCAUUGUAACACUUGCUUGCCACCCCCAAACUAAUGGUCAGGAUGAGAGGACCAACCAGACGCUGAAGGGCACUUUAACUAAAUUGGUAAAUGAGAAUCAGGAUGACUGGGACAGACACUCACAGGCUGCUCUGUUUGGUAUAUCAACAUCAGUGUAAGCUUCAACAAAGUGUUCUCCCUCUUUGUUGAUGUUUGGUAGACAGCCAACACUGUUGAACUGCACCAAAAUUAUCUUCACAAAAAAGUUGAUAUUUUAGAAUUCCCAAAUUUGAGCCCCUCAGAUGAGUCAGUGGAGUCAAGAAAGAGUCACUUGACAGCCAUAAAAGAAAAGUUGACAGUCAUAUUGCUAAAGCACAAGCUGAACAAAAGAAAUAUGAAAUGAGGAAAGCUAAAGGACAUGUCAUUUGACUUUAAGACUGGAAUGAAAGUUGUUGUAAAGAAUAAUAAAAAGCAGGGAAGGAAAGGUUCCUGGCUUGAGGAGGACUGGCUUGGGCCUUAUGACAUACCCAGCAUCUUAGAUAACUCUGUACAAAUCACCACAAAUGGAAAACUCCUUCAAAAUAAAACUGCAUAAUUCACCUUAAACCUUGUAAAUCCCUCAGUACUGCACAGGAGCAUGCACAACUUUAUGGCCAAAUGCUGCUGCUAUCAGCUGCAGGGAGUGCUUCUGCUGUCUCUGUCUUUCCAGAAUCCAUGGCAUCUGGAGCCUGGAGAGGACAUUCCCCCAGCCACAGACCAUGCUGGUGUGAGGCCUGAGGUGCUCCUUUGUGAAGGGUCACACCAUAUCACUCCCCUUGAUGUGCUCCUUUGUAAAGGAUCGCACCAUAUGACUUCCCUGCCUCUCACCACUGUCAGUAAGGAAUGCAUUUCAGGUGCUGCCAGCAAGGAGGCAAGUGGCUCAUCUGUCAGUUCUAACCAUGAGGAGCUGGUGUGCACCUACCACUCCCACAGCCACACCAAUGGAGGGCCAACGACACCCAAGUCUGGCCGCAGGAACAAGCGUGGUGUGGUGACAAGUAGUGAGGUCACCACUGAAUCUGACACACCUGCUGAGCCUGACCUGGUGUCUUUCUGUGCUGCCCUGGGCAACAACUGAGCCCUGUGAGUCCCUGCCCUCUUCAAGCCAGACGGGGACUACCAGACUGUGGCUGACAUGGUGGGUGGCGGUCGCUCCAGGACAGAGUCAACCACCAGUCACGAGGAAAGUUUGGACGAGGCCAGAAGUGUGUCAUCCCUCUGCAGGUCACAGGGACAGGAACUGCUGGCCAGGCAGGGUCACCGUCCCUCCCAUGGCGAUCUGGAUUAUAGCUAUGCUCGACCUGUGAAGAAGCAGUGCCUUCCCCCACCCCUCCACUGUCCUCCACUGACAGCAACAGGUGUAUGAGCUAGUGAUAGUGAGGUCACUGACAGACAGAUUCGCCAAAUUGUUCAUUAGUAAAAGUUCCGUGGCCACUAAGUUUGUAAUCUGCCUGUGUCUGUAUCUUUCCAGCCUUUUUAUUCAUUGAUAUACACUUGCCUUUCAUUGCUUCCUCCUUUAAUCCAUUCUAUAUCUUUAUAUAUUUACAUGGAAAGAUAUGUUUGCAUUAUUUGAACAUUCUCUCUCUCUCUCUCUCUCUCUCUCUCUCUCUCUCUCUCUCUCUCUCUCUCUCUCUCUCUCUCUCUCUCUCUCUCUCUCUCUCUCUCUCUCUCUCUCUCUCUCUCUAAUAUUGAGGUUCAUCUCUUGUCCAUAACAAAAGGACAUUUCUGUCUGGUUCUUCAGGUUGGUUGACUAACCCUAAAGCUGCAGGGGUUUUCACACAUUUCUCCAUUCCAUAUGUCUCUACUCCUAUGUGGAAAGAUGUGUUAUUUAGGAAGCUCUCUUCUAUCCAAGUUUCUUUUAAUCUUUAUCAUCAUGUGUCAAGUCAUCCAGUUCUGGCACUAUCUUAGUGGUUGUUCUUUGUAUUCUUUCAAAUCUCUACAUGAAACAUCACCGAAUUAAUUAAGCUUAGCAGAAAUUAUGUGAUGUGCCCUACUGAUGCUGGUGUGAAGGUGAGGUGUUUGUAGUGAGCUGUGUGAUGCCUUCCCCAGUGCUGAAUAUGGAGAGGGCAGCCAGACCACGUACAGGCGACACCACACACUGGAGUUUUUUGAAGUGCAGUGCGACCACCCUUCCAUCAAGCAAGCAGGAGUGGAGCCUCUGGAGCAGCUGAUGACUGACCUGGAGCUGGAGAAGAUGGUUCAGAAUGCCAGCAAGACAACUCUUUGACACUUCCAGUAGUGGUAGAAGCCUUCCCAUCACCACCCUCACUCCUCUGCCACUGCUGACCACAACACUGAGGCUGUAUUCUUCAGGACCUGAUUGUUGCUUGGACUUGAGGCUUUCCUGCUUGGUAACACUACUCUUUAACACUGUGGGCUUUCACUGCAACAAUCUCCAAGGUUUACAGAGAUGAUUAGUCAGGUUCCCCUGGAUAUUUUUCUCACUAGUGGAAAAUCCUUUUUUAAAGUAUCAUUUUAAUCAUGAAAACCCAAUAACUUCUACUUCAUCCAGUUAAGUGUUAUUAAGAUACAACACCAAAGUGUUUGAGAAUACAGAGCCACAGUUGGCUUAUUGCUUUGAUCUGUGGCUGAGUGUGUGAACUGGUGUCCUGAGUUCUGCAUCAGGCUGUUGGUGCUUCACAGGGAGGUGGCAGCUACUGGGUGAUGAAGGUUGAGGCUUCCAACUGUGCAUACACCCCUCAGCUUCAUGCAGGGAGGUGCACUAGGGUGUUCUUGUCAAGCUUGCUUACACAAGUUGCUGUUGUUGUGUCCACACUUGCCUCAUACAAGUAAUAAGUGAUUCUCAAUGAGUGUUGUGUUGUGGUGGUGCAAGAUGCUGCUGAGGCUGGAGUUUUGUCCCGUUGUGUUGUUGGUUGGUUAACUUCCAAAGUGGAGCACAUUCUGACUCUCUUCCCUUUUGCAGAGACCUGCAUUCUCGGAGACUUCAGUGUUCACCACCAGCUUUGGCUUUCCUCUCCCUUCACUGACCAUCCUGGCAAACUGGCCUUUAAUUAACUUUGUUAUCCUCCACGACCAAGAGCAAUCGGUGCAACACCCUACUUGUAUUCCUGACCAUCUUGGAGAUAUGCCCAACAUUCUUGACCUUUACCUAACCUCUAAUCCUUAUGCUGUCACCUUAUUUUCUCCAUUGGGCUCCUCUGAUCACAAUCUCAUAACUGUAUCUUGUCUUGUCACUCCACUCCCUCCUCAGGAUCCCCCUAAGUGAAGGUGGCUCUGGCAUUUUGCCUCUGCUAAUCAGAGGGAGCUGAGGAGGUAUUACCAUCUGUGUGUGCUGAGAGCAUAACAGAGGUGAUAGUGUCUGGCAUGGAAGUGUAGAUUCCUCACUCUUUUUCUUGACAUAAACCUUCCAAACCUUGGUUUAACACAGCUUGUUCUCGUGCUAUACAUGAUAGAGAGGUGGCUCACAAAAGGUACUUGAGCCUUCCAUCACCAGAAUCUCAUGCACUUUAUAUUUCUGCCCUGAACCAUGCCAACUCUGUUCUCCAAAAAUCAAAAUCUUUAAAGAUCUAACUCCCUUCAUGACUUCUUGCAUCUAGCCAAAAAACAUCUCCAAUAACUUUGCUGCUUCAUCUUUCCCUCCUUUAUUUCAACCUGAUGGCAUCACUGCCAUCUCAUCUAUUUCUAAAGCUAUUUGCUCAAAUCUUUGCUAAAAACUCUACCUUGGAUGAUUCAGGCCUUGUUCCUCCCUCUCUUCAACCUUCUGAUUACUUCAUGCUACUUAUUAAAAUCCUUCGCAGUGAUAUUUUCCAUGCCCUCACUGGCCUAAACCCUCGGUAGGCUUAUGGACCUGAUGGGGUCCUUCCUUUUGUUCUUCAAAACUGUACCUCCAUGUUUGCACCUUGCCUAGUCCAACUCUUUCAGCUGUCUGUCAACAUCUACCUUUUCUUCUUGCUUGCUGGAAGUUUGCCUACAUUCAACCUGUUCCUAAAAAGAGUGACCGUUCUAAUCCCGCAAACUACCAUUCUAUUGCUUUAAUUUCAUGCCUAUCUAAAGUUUUUGAAUCUAUCCUCAACAGGAAGAUUCUUAAACAUCUAUCACUUCACAACCUUCUAUCUGAUCGCCAGUAUGGGUUCCGUCAAGGCCACUCUACUGGUGAUCUUCUCCCUUUCCUUACUGGAUCUUGGUCAUCCUCUUUUAAAAAUUUUGAUGAAACUUUUGCUGUUGCCUUAGACAUAUCAAAAGCUUUUGAUUGAGUCUGGCACAAAGCUUUGAUUUCCAAACUACCUUCCUACGGCUUCUAUCCUCUGUAACUUCAUCCCAAGUUUCUUUUCUGACCAUUCUAUUGCUGCUGUGGUAGAGGGUCACUUGUUCUAAAUCUAUUAACAGUGGUGUUCCUCAGGGUUCUGUCCUGUCACCCACUCUUUUCCUAUUAUCCAUCAAUGAUCUAAACCAAACUUCUUAUCCUUUCCACUCCUAAGCUGAUGAUACCACCCUGCACUUUUGCACAUCUUUUCAUAGACAUCCAACCCUUCAGGAAGUAAACAGUUCACACUGGGAAACUAGAAACCAUCUGACUUCUGAUUUCUAAAAUUUCUGAUUGAGGCAGAGCAAACUUGGUAUUGUUCAAUGCCUCAAAAACUCAAUUCCUCCAUCUGUCAAUUCAACACAGCCUUCCAGACAACUAUCUCCUUCUUCAGUGACACUCAAAUGUCCCACCCCUUCUACUUCAGUGACACUCAACUGUCCCCCCCCUUCUACACUGAACAUCCUUGGUCUGUCCUUUACUUAUAAUCUAAACUGGAAACUUCACAUCUCAUCUCUAGCUAGGACAGCUUCUAUGAAUCUAGCCAUUCUGAGAUAUCUCUGCCAGUUUUUCUCACCCCCCAGCUGCUAACUCUGUACUGGGCCUUUAUCCAUCUAUGUAUGUAGUAUACUUCACAUGUCUGGGAGGGGUUCCACUUGUACCACUAUUUUAGACAGGGUGGAAUCAAAUGCUUUUUGUUUUAUCAACUCCUCUCGUCUUACUGACUCUUUGGCCUUUCUUUCAUCACCACAAUGUUGCAUCUCUUGCCAUCUUUUACUGCUGUUUUCAUGCUAAAUGCUCUUCUGAUCUUGCUAACUGCAUGCCUCCCCUCCUCCUGCAGCCUUGCAGCACAAGACUUUCUUCUUUCUUUCAUCCUUAUUCUGUCCAUCUCUCUAAUGCAAGAGUUAACCAGUAUUCUCAAUCAUUCAUCCCCUUCUCUGGUAAACUCUAGAACUCCCUGCCUGCUUCUGUAUUUCCUCCUUCCUGUGACUUCAACUCUUUCGAGCAGGAGGUUUUAAGACACUUAUCCUUCAAUUUUCAAUGAUUCUCUUGACACCUCUUUCAGGACUGGCCCCUCAGUGGAAUCUUUUUUCCUCUUGUUUCCCUUGGCCAGUGACCCUUAAAAAAAAGAGUCAUGUGUACAGUCCUUGCCUCACACCUCUUCUUGUAUUCUAUUCUAGGAGUUAUGAAGCAGUCCUAGCAAGUCUUAGCUAUAUGUCAUAGCCAGGACAGAAUGGUGCAUUCUUGUCAUAAAUCCAUAUGGGAAGGUAAGACUGAGUCCACCCUGUCUUAGCAGCUUAUGACAGAUGCUCCUGCUGCCAAGAUGGCCACCCACAACAACUCCAGCUCAGGAAUUAUUUACCCAGAACGGAUAUAUUGUAUGAACUUAUGACACAGAACUCAUCAAAAGAUACCGUGUAGAUCAUGCAGGUAUUCUCUGUCACCGAUCUAGUAAAAGAAGCCUUAUAGAGUGACACAGAAAGGAGCAACCCACCUACCUCUGAAAUGAAGGUGACCAUAACACUUAGAUAUCUUUCUGCUGGGAAGAUACAGUUGUGCAGUAGUGAUGGCCUUGGGGAUUGUUGAGAGAGCCAGCCUUGCCACCAAACCACUUGAAAACUGUGUUUACAUUGAGGCACUCCUACGGGAUCGUGUUUACCACAUUUCACACGUUUCAAAGACUGAAUUACUAUUUUACCCACUAUUCAGUGUCUCUUCCUCCAAUACAUAAAAACACAGGAAAUAUUUAUAGAAGCUGUUAAUUAGCAGUACUAAAUGGCAGGUUUUGCUUCAUCCUUUAGUAUUUGAAAUGAAGUGGCACUACACAUAGCAGACGGUGAUGAUUGACAGUGUGUCAAGUUACAUGUCUUGCUAUCCUGCUGUGUCCUUUUUCCUCAUUUGCUCCUUGGACCUUUCCACUAUACCCAAGGUGGUGUCAAGACACACUUUUGGAAUCAGUAUUUUAAAUACCUGAGAGAUGUAUUCCUCAAAAAAUAAGCCAAAGUAGCCUUCUGAUGUAGUUUUGCUGGGCAGCUGAAGUAACAGCAUACAAAUGAGGGUUAAACAAAUUGUCCACUAAUAAUGUACUGCACAAAUAAGGCAUUUAAUUACCAUAUUAAUCAACUGUAAUACAGACCAUUGAAAAGUAUGGCUCAUAUGAUAAAUGUACAUACAAUGUUCAUAGGUAUGCACUGGAGAACAAAAUUGAAUACAUGUUAACAUGAACGAGUGGCAAGUUAUUCACCACUGGGUGAUGUCAUCUGUAAGAUGGAUGACUUCAAAAACUGAUGUCCACUGCUAAGACUUCACAUGAUGCACCCACAGCACCAAUGAAUCCAGAGGCCCCAGCAGAUGAGGGCUGGAUGACUGUAACACCACUGCUGGUGGGUGGAUGGCUGUGGUCCUCACAGAGGGCCAGACUCUCCUGGAAAGAGGAAAAAAAGAAA